AUGGCCAGCAAGGUUCUGGUCCUUUUGACCUGGGCAGUCGCUGCAGGCCACGACUUGAAGUCUGGCAAGAUUCGGCGGCAACUGCUCGGAAAUCUGAAACCGGAGGCGCCCUCCGGCCACCUCAGCACGGACUCCUCGAAUUUGCAGACUCAAACCAGGUCCUUCACGUCGCUCACGACUGAGUACCCUUUCUACCACAGCACGGACGAGAUAGCAGAGCAGGCCCGUGGUAUUGCGGAGAAGUGCGCAUCCACGGCCUUGCUGGACGAGCUCAGCGCUGUGGGCAAAGAGUUGGGCGUCGAAGAGUACGCGACAGUGCACGGAGUCUCGUUGACCGGCGUCAGCAGCGAGGUCCACUCCGUGCUGCACCUGGCAGCUGAAGAGCUGCGGCUGGGACAGAUCGCCGCAAGCUUCUUCGGCGUUGUGACGCGAGCCGUGCCGGCCGAAUUGGUGGACCGCCUCACGACGGGAGGUCGGCCUACAGGCUCCAGCGCGCUCCACAUGGUGGCAGGAUCCAAAAAGACAUAA